AUGAGUGGAAAUUCGGCAGACUUAAUUAUUUCGAGUACUAAUAGUAAAAGUAACGGGGAGAGUGAGCAACAAGUAAUGGAAACAAUAGAAUUUAGUAGUGAAAAGGUGCCUGAGAAGAGAGUGCGACAAGAUAGCGAGGAAAGUUUAGAUGACAGUGACGAGACACGGGCUGUGGUAAACGUAUUACUACAUAGGAGGGAGCACACUGGAGGAAACCGAGGCCGUUCAAGGCCGACUGUAGAACAAACAUCAAAACCCACAUUCAGAGAUAUUUUAAUGAAAGAUUAUCGCAAAUCCAAGAAAAAGGAUGAACAAAGUAAAGAUAAAACACAGAAUAAAAAUAGAAAACAUAAUAGGAAAGAUACAUCUGAAAACUCCAUGGAUUUUCAAGAGAAUAUAGAAUAA